AGAACACAUCAAAUUAAAUUAACAGCCACAAAGUUUUCUUUUAUAAUCUUUCUAUUCUCUGACCAAAGAUCAUAUAAAAUCUCACAAUUUUCCAGCAAUCGCUAAAAAAUAAUAAAAAUCUCAAAUCCGAUACCAUGGCUUCUCGUCGGCGUAUGCUGUUAAAGGUUAUAAUUCUCGGUGAUAGCGGGGUUGGGAAAACAUCUCUCAUGAAUCAGUAUGUUAAUCGUAAGUUCAGUAAUCAGUACAAAGCUACGAUUGGAGCCGAUUUUUUGACAAAAGAGGUUCAGUUUGAUGAUAGAUUGUUUACAUUGCAGAUAUGGGAUACUGCUGGGCAGGAAAGGUUUCAAAGUUUAGGUGUGGCUUUCUAUCGGGGUGCUGAUUGCUGUGUACUUGUGCAUGAUGUUAAUGUCAUGAAGUCCUUUGAUAAUCUUAACAACUGGCGAGAAGAGUUUCUGAUUCAGGUAGUGUUUCUAUACUAUGACACAUGUAGUACCUUAAUUGGAAGAAUGACUAAUGUUAUCUUUUGGUUGAGUGUUCAGGCGAGUCCGUCUGACCCUGAAAACUUUCCAUUUGUUGUGUUGGGAAACAAGGUUGAUGUUGAUGGUGGUAACAGUCGCGUGGUUUCUGAGAAGAAAGCAAAGGCAUGGUGUGCUUCAAAGGGAAACAUACCUUACUUUGAGACCUCUGCAAAAGAAGGAUUCAAUGUCGAUGCUGCUUUUGAGUGCAUAGCCAGAAAUGCUCUCAAGAAUGAGCCUGAAGAAGAAAUCUACCUUCCCGAAACCAUUGAUGUUGCUAGUGGAGGACGGCCACAGAGAUCUACAGGCUGCGAAUGUUAAAUGAGUCAUUGGAUGGAUCUUGUUUUGUCAGAGUUGCAAAAACAGCUGCCAAAGAUUUCGCAUUUCUAUCAGUUAAUAUUGCAGGCUCUGACUAUUAGUAAUAAACUAGUGAUGACAUAAGACUUGGAUUUUUGUAUCAUAAAUUGGUUAGAAAAGAAAAGUUGGGUUGAUCCUCCUCCUGUUGAUUUUUCAUUCAACUUCCAACUAAAAAAAUUCAUGUUUAAAAGUAAUUGUACCAUGCCUCCUACUUCCUACGCUGUGAUAACUCAUAUUCUGUAAUAAUACAAUAUGGAGCUUCUGUUGUA